CCCACUCCCUCAUCAGUCAUCACUACCCAUCCUCAAAACUUUCAACAACUCUUUUCUUCGAUUUCUAAUUUCUCAUUUCUAAUUUCUAAUAUAAAAAAGCCUCUGCAUCAUGUUUUCUGAAGAUUCCGAUUGUAAUUCAAAACCCGUGAUGAUCCGGGAGGUGUGGGCUGAGAAUUUAGAGUCCGAAUUCGAGUUGAUCAGCGACCUCAUCGAUCAGUACCCUUUUAUCUCCAUGGACACCGAGUUCCCCGGGGUGGUAUUCCGUCCCUCCGGCGGUGAACAACAGUUCCGCCUGCGUCGCCCUUCGGAUCACUACCGGUUCUUGAAGUCCAACGUCGACGCGCUCUGCCUCAUCCAGGUAGGCCUCACGCUCUCCGACGCCAACGGCAAUCUCCCCGAUCUGGGCACCGGGAACAGGUUCAUCUGGGAGUUCAACUUCCGGGACUUCGACGUGGCGCGUGACGCCCACGCUCCGGACUCCAUCGAGCUCUUGAGCCGUCAAGGGAUUAACUUCGACAGAAACCGGGAAGAAGGGGUGGACUCGGCGCGGUUCGCAGAGUUGAUGAUGUCGUCGGGACUUGUGUGUAACGAGUCAGUGAGCUGGGUGACGUUUCACAGCGCGUACGAUUUUGGGUACUUGGUGAAGAUACUCACGCGCCGGUCUCUGCCGAGUGGGUUAGAGGAGUUUUUAAGUAUUCUGAGGGUGUUUUUCGGAACAAAAGUAUACGACGUGAAGCACCUGAUGAAAUUCUGUGCAAGCUUGUACGGAGGGUUGGACCGGGUGGCGAGGACGCUGGAGGUGGACCGGGCGGUUGGGAAGUGCCAUCAGGCCGGUUCGGAUAGCUUGCUGACGUGGCAUGCAUUCCAAAAGAUUAGAGACGUUUACUUUGAGAAAGAUGGAACGGAGAAGUACGCCGGUGUCUUGUAUGGAUUGGAAGUAUUUUAGAAUUCAUUAUUCAAUUAUUUCUGGGUAAAUUUUGUAUAUUAAUUUGGGAAAUUAGUGAAUAAUUGAAGAAAUUCUUUUUUCUUGGGUAAAAACAA